AUGUCACGGCAUAAAUCAUUGUUUUAUCUUCUUAUCAUUUUAAUUCAUUCUUUCUUUCUUUUUUUGUUGCUGUUCCUAAUAUUUUUAUUCAUCCAUCUUUAUUCCAUUCCUCCUUUUCUUUUUUAUUUCUCUUCUUUCUUUCUUUCUUUUUUCUUUCUUUUCUUUCUUUCUUUCUUUCUUUCUUUCUUUCUUUCUUUCUUUCUUUUUCUUUCUUUUUUUGUUGUUAAUACUCAAUUUUUACUUUCGCGCUUAUCCCAUUACUCUUUCUUUCUUUUUCUUUCUUUCUUGCUUUCUUUCUUUCUUUUUCUUUCUUGUUCUUCUUGCAGUCAUUGCUUUAUUUUCUCAUUUUUCUCUCUUUAUUCUUUUGCCUUCUUUGUUUUAUCUUCUUUCCCUUUUCUUUUCUUCUUUCUUUCUUUCGUAAACUUUCUUUUGUUCUUUUAUUUUCUCAUUUUUCUCUCUUUAUUCUUUCGCCUUCUUUGUUUUAUCUUCUUUCCCUUUUCUUUUCUUCUUUCUUUCUUUCGUAAACUUUCUUUGUUUUAUCAUCUUUUUUUCUUUUCUUCUUUCUUUCUUAAUCUUUCUUUUCAUUCCGUCUUAUUUGCUUUAAGUGUUCUUUUUAUUUUCUCAUUUUUUCUCUUUUAUUCUUUUUCUUCUUUUGUUUUAUCUUCUUUCCCUUUUCUUUUCUUCUUUCUUUCUUUUUGUUCUUUUAUUUUCUCAUUUUUCUCUCUUUAUUCUUUUCUUUGUUUUAUCUUCUUUCUUUUUCUUUUCUUAUUUCUUUCUUUCUUUUUUUCUUCCUCCCUUUUUUCUUUCUUUCUUAAUCUUUCUUUGAUUUAUCUUCUUUCUUUUCUUCUUUCUUUCUUUCUUUCUUCCUUUCUUAAUCUUUCUUUCUGUAUCUUUCUUAACCUUGUUUUUUACUUUCUUUUUAUUCGAUAUACAGAGUUGAUAGGCCGUAAACAAGUAAAUCAAUCUCUCUCUCUCUCUCUCUCUCUCUCUAUCUAUCUAUCUAUCUAUCUAUCUAUCUCUCUCUCUCUCUGA